AUGGAGUCAGUAGUCGCCGUCCGCACGAACGAAGGCAGCCCAGCAGCGCAGUCUGCUCUGGCCGUACUCGCAGCCACUCUAAACAUCAACGAGAACGCGCUGAAGACGGCUCUCAAUGGUGCAUUCGACCUACUGCCGGCGGCCGCAGGUAACACAAUGCUUGCGCUGCAGAUGAGCUUUCAACGGCUGUCGUACCACAUUGACAGCAAGGCUUUGGUCGAGAUUAUCAUGACAUUUCGACGAGAAUUCGGCGGCGUUCUGAGUAUGGAACGAGGUUACCAAGGUCCUAUAAUGGCUAGCCAGAGGAACGAGGCGCCCUCGGUACUUCCAGACGGUCCAUAUUUCGGUCGGUAUCAUAUCAUGGCCAAUAACUCGAACUCCGACAGCCCCAAUCACGAAGAACCUUCUGGUGGUGCUGGAUAUCGCCCCCUGAAAUACCUGGACGAGUCUCUGUUCCCCAACAACGACGGGGACUUUGCACCUUCAUUCAUGCAGCCACAUGGACCAGCCAGUCGCCUACACACUCGACCCCCAGCGGCAAAUCCACCCCCAUGGGAAGACCCGGCUCAGGCUUGGCGGUACGUGGAUGACGACAGGGUAUGGACCGGCGAGGCCUUCGUGGUUUCUCCUCCUCGAAAGACCGUGAAAGCCCCAUCACCUAGCAACAAUGGUGAAUUCGUGUUCACCGGCUGGAACGACGAAGCCAAGCGAGAGCUCUUCAUGUGGAAGGUAAAGCGCAAGAAGGGCUACCCUUUCUUUGUGCAUCUCUUUCCUGGUGAGACUGCGGAUUCACUGCACGAGGCGUUCAAGUUGUACAAAAAUGAAGGAGAGCGUUUGUUGAACGGAUAA